CGUCUUCUAAUUACACCGUGCACGUUAUAAACACACGGUGUCCAAAGUCCGUUGUGUAACAUUGGUUGUUUACUCAGUCGAGUGUCUGUGCCUGUCAGAGAUCAGCCGUCGAGUGCUCUGUGGGUAGGUUAUCUGGCCAGUCAAGUGGAGGGGGAGGGUUUCUACGCAUGGGACACUAGUCAGUACGGCCCAGCGCUCAGUGGUCGCUGCUCAGUCUCGUGAGUGACGGCUCGGCGAGCGUUGUGCCUCUCUCCUGACGUGAGAGCGGCCACGAUGCCGUCGGUGGAGCCAGUGCUGACCGAGGCAGCGGUCCUCGCCGAAACGAUAGAGGCCACCAUCGCAGCCGCCGAGCAGGAGCUCACCAAAGUGACCCUCGAUGAAUUCAUCAGCAACAAGAUCGGAAUGUUCGGGAAACUAAUCGGGGAGUAUGCUCGUCUCUUCGAAAGCUGCGGGGUCCACUCCCGGGAAGAGCUCGAUGAGCUGGUCCGACGGCAGGUCGGCCAGCCCGGUAGCCGGCAGAUCUUCUCCGCAAUGGAGCACCUGCUGGACAUGGAGAGUGAGUGGGACCACUUUGUGCUCGAUCUGGACGGCCGGCUGGGUUCGGACGGCCGCCAGCCGCCCCCGCUGCUCUCUCCCGCUCCGUGCUCUCUGCAGCUGACGGACGCGCUCAGCGGAGAGCCGUGCCGCCUGGCGGACACCCCGGGAACUAGGCUGCUGGUGCUGCUCCGCCACUUCGCCUGACUUCCGUGACGAGAUCACGUGGCACAGAUACAGCAGCAGAAGGCCGAGUUCGGUCGUCUGCGCUGUUCUGUGCUGGUGGUCUCGUUUGGCGCCCGGGAGGGGGCGCUCCGCUGGCUGGCUGAUACGGGCUGCGAGUUCCCGCUGCUGCUGGACCCCGAGCGGCAGCUGUAUCGCGCCCUCGGACUGGCCAGGUCCAUCGCCAAGGUGUGGCAGCACAGCACUCUCCAGUACUACGGCGGCCAGAAGGCUGCCGGCCGGCCCCUGCCCGCCGCCUACACGGGUGUAGAGGACGACCCUCAUCAGAUGGGCGGCGACUUUAUAGUGGACGGCUCCGAUCGUCUCGUUCUGGUGCACUGUAGUACCAGCCCGCCGGACCGGCCUACCGUUCCCGCACUGCUCACCGCCGUCCGAGCGCUGGAUGAACAGAGCCAGUAGGUGGCGCUGAGGAGGUGGGCGGGUUGGUACUGGGGGCGCUAGUAGUGUGGCUCGUGUCGGAGCCCGGUAGAAUGCUAGUCUAGUUCGAGCCCAGAAUCGGCUGUGGUGCAUAAGGCAAUGAAAUCAAUGGAGAAGCUUCUGUAGAGCUAGCCGCUGCUUCUAUACGAAGUGCGAACAUUUGCUUGCUUGGUUUUAUGCUAUGCUUGCUAUUUUGUUUGCUGUUAAGGCCAAUCCGUGUAGCUAUAGCAGCUCGAUGAUUCAUCGUUUGCAAUGCUUUUGUCGUUUACGCAAAACCCAAAGGUGGGCAUUUGAAAGCCAUGCUUUGCUUCUAAAUAGGCAUGGUCGAAGCCUUGCUCGCCAAUGUGACGCCAUUUACGCCAGUAGCGCAGAAGCGUUUGCCUUGUAAAGUUAGUCCGGCUAGUCAGCGUCGAGACGGGAUUGCCCGUCCCGUCCCCGAGUUGUCCGACAGUGGCGCCACGUAUGAAGGCUUCUGGACAGCCCCGCCAGGGAGCCGGCAGCUGGAGAAAUAGAUGUCGCCACUGGCGCAAUACUCAGGGAUUGGACGGGUAUGCGAUUGCAGCUCGAGGGAGUGUAACUGUGUUUGCAAUAUCAGGGAGCUUAAUAUCGGUCAGUAAUUUGUAAUGGUGUAUUUGUUUCUUUUGUGGUGCAUAUUGUACUGUAUGGUAUGCUACCGAUGUAUAGUAUAAGAAUUGGUGGCAUCUGUUUUCAAUGGUUGAAAGGCGCAUAUCAAGGGUAUGUACCUGCGAAUUGCGCCGUCUGAUUUUGAAAUAUAGUCCGGUCAUUUUUGAAAAUGUG